CAACAACAACAAGAACAAGAACAAGAACACGAACAAGAACACGAACAAGAACAAGAACACGAACAAGAACAAGAACACGAACACCAACAAGAACACCAACACCAACACGAACGCCAACACGAACACGAACACGAACACCAACACCAACACGAACACAAACACGAACACGUACACCAACACGAACACCAACACGAACACCAACACCAACACCAACACGAACACGAACACCAACACGAACACGAACACGAACACCAACACCAACAUGAACACGAACACAAACACGAACACCAACUCGAACACGAACACGAACACCAACACGAACACGAACACCAACACGAACACGAACACGAUCACGAACACCAACACGAACACGAACAACAACACGAACACGAACACCAACACCAACACGAACACGAACUCGAACACGAACACGAACUCCAACACCAACACCAACACGAACACGAACACCAACACGAACACGAACACGAACACGAGCGCGAACACCAACACGAACACCAACACGAACACCAACACGAACACCAACACCAACACGAACACCAACACGAACACCAACACGAACACCAACACGAACACCAACACCAACACGAACACCAACACGAACACCAACACCAACACGAACACGAACACGAACACGAACACCAACACCAACACCAACACCAACACGAACACCAACACCAACACGAACACGAACACGAACACGAACACCAACACCAACACCAACACCAACACGAACACCAACACGAACACCAACACGAACACCAACACGAACACGAACACCAACACGAACACGAACACGAACACCAACACGAACACCAACACCAACACCAACACGAACACCAACACGAACACCAACACGAACACGAACACCAACACGAACACCAACACGAACACCAACACGAACACCAACACGAACACCAACACGAACAACAACAAGAACAACAACAAGAAGAACAACAACAAGAACAACAACAAGAACAACAAUAACAACAAUAACAACAAUAAUAACAAUAAUAACAAUAAUAACAAUAAUAACAAUAAU